AUGCAUGAUAUUUUACGAAGUACCGAAAUUAAAUUACCAAAUUCAUUAUUUCAUUCAUUAGCAGAUUUAAGUUGUUCACAAUCAUCACUUCAUGAUAAUGAAUGUGGAACAAUUGCCCUUAGGCCGAAAAAAGGAAGGACUCGUAACUUAACUGGUUAUUCGAAUUCCGGAUCGAAAGAGUCGGUCAAUAAUAUUACCAAUAAUAGUAAUAAUAAUACAGAUCGCGAUCGUACCUUGAAAUAUCCGAAUCGGGGAUCAUUUUUGGAAAAUAUAUCAAAACCAAAAGAAUGGAAAUCUGUACCACAGUUAGCAAAUCUAUUUUUAAUUGGUUCACCAUUAGCCUUAUUUAUAUCAGUGAAUGAUUUAUGUCCACCAACAUAUAUAAAUCCAUCGACUCAUUCAUUACAAUUAACUAAUUCUACGGAUGAUGAACGAGAUCCAACAAGUAAUUCACAUUCAAUACAAAAUAGUAUUACAUCAACAACAACAACAACAACAACAACAUCAACAUCUAAACAUACAGGUAUUGAUUUAGAUGAAAUUGAUCCUGAAGCAUUAUUUUCAUAUUUUGCAUGUCGAAGAGUAUUCAAUAUAUUUCAUUCAUAUGAUCCAGUGGCAUAUCGUUUAGAACCAUUAUUAUUGAAACAUUAUGCUAAUAUUAGCCCUGUUGUUAUACCGAAAGCAUCAAUUAGUCAUUUAGAAAAAUGUUUAUCAAUUAAAGAUAUUUCACUUAUUAAUAAUAAUAAUAACAACAACAAUAAAUCAAAUCAAUCAGAUAGUCAAACACCAACAUUAAAAGGUUCUAAUACAUCAUUAACAGCAAUUGAUGAUAUUGAAUCAACACAUUCAAUGCAUACAUUGGAUUUAUCUGAUUCAGAUAGUGAUUCAUCUGAUCUAUCAUCAAAUGAUGCUAGUGGUAGUCAUGGUUCUGAUCAUAAAGAACAAAAAAGAAAAUUUUUCAAACGUUUAAGUGUUGUGGAUGAAAAUUCCGUUUAUAAACAACAUCAAUCAUUAGCAAUGAAAAUAUUCAGUAAUUAUAUAACUAGACGAUCAUCUAAUGUAACUAAUUUAAAUCCAAUAUUAUGUCAAAUGCGUUCAAUGCCAACAACAAAUGAAAAACAACUUCGACGUCGUGUUGAUUAUGAAUGGCAAAAAUCAUUUUCACCACUUGCUAUAUUAGGUGCACAUAAUAGUUAUUGGAGUAGUCAUGAAUUAGCAUUUUUUAUGCUUUAUCAAAUAUUUGGACCACCACAUACUUUACGUUAA